AUGGCGCAACAAGAAGGCGCGGCACCGGCGGGGGCUCAAGCGGCCGUCCUGGUCAAGUCAGAGCGCCUGGACAAUGGAGAUUACUCGAAAGUGAAGGGAUACGACUUCAACAACGGUGUCGACUAUGACAACCUGUUCAAUUCAUACCGGUUUAUGGGCUUCCAAAGCACAAAUUUUGGCAAAGCGGUGGAAGAGAUCAACCGCAUGCGUGCAUGGCGGCUGUCGGACGAACCCGUCGACGAAAACGACGACGACGACCUGCAAGAUCCAGCCGUGCGUGCCAAAACCACAUGCAAAAUCUUCUUGGGGUAUACGUCCAACUUAAUUUCGAGCGGACUGCGCGAGACUCUUCGAUUCCUGGCCCAGCACAAGAUGGUGGACGUGAUCGUUGCGACAGCGGGCGGCGUCGAAGAAGACUUCAUCAAGUGUUUAGCGCCAACGUACGUCGGGGACUUUGCGCUCAAGGGUUCCGACCUUCGGCGUCGAGGCAUCAACCGCAUCGGAAACUUGCUUGUGCCAAACGACAACUACUGCAAGUUCGAGGACUGGCUCAAUCCCAUUCUCGACGCCAUGCUGGAGGAGCAACUUACUCAAGGCACUGUGUGGUCGCCCAGCACCAUGAUCCACCGCCUCGGCAAAGAAAUCAACCACGAGGAUUCGGUCUACUACUGGUGCUACAAGAACAACAUUCCAGUGUUUUGUCCCGCGCUCACGGACGGAUCGAUCGGUGACAUGAUCUAUUUUCAUUCGUACCGCAAGGAAGGGCUGGUGCUCGACAUCGUGUCGGACAUUCGGCGCAUGAACGACCACGCGAUCCGAGCCAAGAAGACCGGGGUCAUCAUCCUCGGCGGUGGCGUUGUCAAGCACCACAUCCUGAAUGCCAACCUCAUGCGAAAUGGCGCCGAUUUUGCUGUGUUUGUCAAUACUGGCCAGGAAUUUGACGGGAGCGACGCAGGAGCGCGCCCUGAUGAAGCAGUGUCUUGGGGUAAACUACGACUCAAUGCGACGCCCGCCAAGGUGUAUGCGGAUGCGACGUUGGUGUUUCCCUUGUUGGUCGCCCAGACAUUUGCCAAGGACUUCACCGCAGUCGGUACCGUUGGAUGA